AUGGAUCCUCAGGUUCUGGAUAGCAUAAUCAGCCGGUUGGUGGCCACCGAGGGCAAUUGGCCCACGGAAGAAAAUCCUCUUUCGGAGGCAGAGAUUCGGCUGCUGUGUCUGGUGUCGAAGGAUAUUUUUCUAGAGCAGCCCAAUCUUUUGGAGCUCGAAGCCCCCAUCAAAAUAUGCGGUAAGGGUUACUAUUUCGUGGUGAUAUAUAUGUUCUACCGGCCUUGCGUUUUGGUUGUUUCUGAGUAGGAGGAAAAAUAGCGGAGAAGCUGAGGGAGCCGAUCGUUUUCUUCGUGUUGUGUGGCCUCGCGGUGUCGAAUUUUCUGAAUUUCUUUUCGGCUGUUGCUUUAUCUAAACCUUUUCUUUUCCAUAGCCAGCCAGUUCCUUCUCUCAUCAGACGGGCUACUGCUUCAGAUCUUCUGUUAGGCAUUUUUUUCUCUUUUUCGGUUCAACUGCUAGAACAGAGCUGAAAGACUGGUGGCCGAAACUAACUGAUUGACCAGAAUACGUUCUUUCCAGUCCUCAAAAUAAUGAGCCGUUUACUUAUUGUAUCUCAUUCUCCCCCCUAACCGUUCCAUUUUUUUCUAAUUAGCGAGUUCAAUCUUGCGCAGGAGAUAUUCACGGACAGUAUUCUGAUCUUUUGAGACUUUUUGAGUACUGCGGGUUUCCCCCAGAAAGUAAUUAUCUAUUUCUUGGAAAUUAUGUUGAUUAUGGGAGGCGAAGUAUGGAGACGAUGUGUCUUCUUCUGGCUUACAAGAUUAAGUAUCCCGUCAAUUUCUUUCUUCUGCGAGGUAAUCAUGAAUCUGCAUCCGUCAAUCGUAUAUAUGGUUUCUACGACGAGUGUAAGAGAAGAUUCAAUGUGAGGCUAUGGAAAAUCUCGAUUGACUGCUUUAACUGCCUACCUGUGGCAGCUCUUGUCGAUGGCAAAAUAUUCUGUGUGCAUGGUGGUAUUUCUCCAGAUCUGAAGAACUUGGAUCAGAUACGAAAUUUGGCACGCCCCACCGAUGUUCCUGAUGCCGGAUUGCUGUGUGAUCUCCUUUGGUCCGAUCCCAGUAGAGAUGUCCAAGGAUGGGGCAUUCAUGAUAGUGGUUUUUCAUACAGAUUCGGUGCUGACAUUGUGUCGGAGUUUCUUGAGAAGAACGACCUUGACCUUAUCUGUCGUGCUCAUCAGGUUGCAAAUAGCCAUGCAAUCCCUUAAUGUCAAACCCCCAUAUUGCCCACCUGUUGGUUAAUUCGCUGUUGCUUUCUCUAGGUUGUGGAGGAUGGAUAUGAGUUUUUUGGCGGCAGGCUGCUCGUGACAGUAUUUUCGGCGCCUUGUUGGCAUCGUGACUUCGACAAUGCAGGCGCGAUAAUGAGCCUAGAUGAUAAUUUCAUGUACUCAUUCCAAAUACUUAGGCCUGCUGAAAGGGUAACAAAGUUCUUUGGAAGCAGACCAAUGUAUGAGGUAUGA